CACAAAUUUCUUUCCCCAAAUUUGACAGUCACAUGCAAAUACAAAAGUUGUUCUGCAAAUUGUCCAUCUCUGAUGCCUCAUCUGAAUUGACUGACGCCUUUUGAGUUGUUCUUUGGCCGGCGGCGGCGCGCAUGGCGGCCGACGGUGGCGCGCUGAGGCGGCUGUUCGAGAAGCCGUUGCCGGAGAACCCGACGCUGCUGGAGGCGCUGUCGGCGUGCAACCAGGUGCACCACCACCACAAGAAGCUCGUCGACACGGCGUCCUUCACCGAGAUCUUCGGCGAGCUCCACUUCCAGGAGAAGCCGGACCGGGCGUUCCUGCCGCCGCCGUCCCGCCCUCCUGUGCGCACGCUGUCGUGGAUCGACAUCGCCGACGCCGCUGCUGCCGCCGAGACCGAGAAGAGCAAGGACGACUCGUCCCUGGACGCGCUCCUCCGCCCGAAGGCUGCCGCCGCCGCCGCCGCCACCGUCAAGAGGAGCGCCAGCUUCUGCCUCAAGAGCUCCGAGUCUCUGCUGCUCUGCACCGAGGGGCUCGGGUCGGAGAGCACGGUCGACGCCGACGACAUGGUCAAGGACGGCGACCACGACACCGCCGCCGCCCCCGCCCGCGACCAGGAGGUGGACGUGGAGGGAGGAGACGGCGCGGACGACGCCGCGGUGGCGGCCGGGAGGGAGAGGCGGAGCGCGCCGGCGUCGUUCCCGCCGCCGAUACGGUCGAUCGGGCGCGGCGGCAAGCCGUGCGUGUGCUUCCGGUCGUUCCGGGCGGAGGGGAGGUUCGUGCUGAUGGAGGUGGUGAUCCCCGGGAAGGAACUCCUGCAGGCGACGCGCGAGGGCGGCCGCCUCAGGCUGCAGUUCGCCAACGCCGCCGCGGCCGUGCAGGGCGGUGUCGAAGCAGACGACCGCGUCGAGGACGACGACGAGGCGGCCAAGAACGCAUGCGCAGCAAUAAUAGUAGAUGAUGAUACUAGCUAACACCACGUCGCCUCGUGUCUAAGAUCCAUGGCUGCAAGUUGCAACCAUCUUUGAUGCUUAAUUUGAAUCUGUGAUCAACAUGUGUCAAUUCGCCAUGCGCAAUCCAAUCAAAAAGAAAGUUUUUUCAAGAAAUUCUUCAAGAAAAAGUCCAUGCA